AGUUAGUAUUAAUAGGAAGGCGAGGGUACCCUUUACAGCGACGGGUAACCACGCCUGAGGAGCAGGUCAGCUCGACGCUGGAGAUGAAGGUGCAGGCGCCUCGCACACCUUGUCCCUCGCGCGACGCCGUCCGCGCCGCCCGCGGUUUGAUCGGGAGCGGCUGCCUGCGCUGCGGUUCUGGUUCCGGUUCCGGUUCCGGUUGGCGUUUGCACCUGCGACUGCCGUGAGCAGUCAUGGCGUACUCCACAGUGCAGAGAGUUGCUCUGGCUUCUGGGCUUGUCCUGGCUCUGUCGCUGCUGCUGCCCAAGGCCUUCCUGUCCCGCGGGAAGCGGCAGGAGCCGCCGCCGACACCUGAAGGAAAAUUGGGCCGAUUUCCUCCUAUGAUGCAUCAUCACCAGGUACCCACAGGUGGCCAGACUCCUGGGGCUCAUUUCCAGAGGUCUCAUCUUGCAGAGGCAUUUGCAAAGGCCAAAGGAUCAGGCGGAGGUGCUGGAGGAGGAGGUAGUGGAAGAGGCCUGAUGGGGCAGAUUAUUCCAAUCUACGGUUUUGGGAUUUUUUUAUAUAUACUGUACAUUCUAUUUAAGCUCUCAAAGGGGAAAACAACUGCAGAGGAUGGUGGGAAAUGCUCUACUGCCACACCUGGAAACACCCACAGGAAAAUUACCAGUUUUGAGCUUGCUCAACUGCAAGAAAAACUGAAAGAGACAGAAGCAGCCAUGGAAAAAUUAAUCAACAGAGUGGGACCUAAUGGUGAGAGCAGAGCACAGACUGUGACUUCUGACCAAGAGAAACGGUUGCUACAUCAGCUCCGAGAAAUCACCAGGGUCAUGAAAGAAGGAAAAUUCAUUGACAGAUUUUCUCCAGAGAAAGAAGCUGAGGAGGCUCCUUACAUGGAGGACUGGGAAGGUUACCCUGAAGAGACUUACCCAAUUUAUGACCUUUCAGAGUGUAUCAAGCGUAGGCAAGAAACAAUUUUGGUGGAUUACCCUGACCCAAAAGAGCUUUCUGCUGAAGAAACAGCUGAGAGAAUGGGAGUGAUAGAAGAGGAAGAAUCAGAUCAUUUGGGUUGGGAAAGUCUGCCCACUGACCCCAGAGCCCAGGAAGAUAAUUCUGUCACCUCGUGUGAUCCAAAGCCAGAAACAUGUUCCUGCUGUUUUCAUGAAGACGAGGAUCCUGCUGUCUUGGCAGAGAAUGCUGGAUUCAAUGCAGAUAGCUACCUUGAGCAAGAGGAAACCACUAAAGAAGAGUGGUCCCAGGACUUUAGAGAUGAAGGGUUGGGCAUCAACAUCGAUAAAGCAUGUACAGGCAGCAUGCUGAGGAAGCGUAACCCCCAGGGUUUAGAGUGAAAACAGCCAGUCUGAAGUAUCCAUUACUCAAGUCCCAAGGUGACCUUUCUCUCCUCAGAUUUCCUUCUUGGCCCUGUGCCCUGUACUUUCUUCUCUGUGUUCAAGUGUCAUAGCUAUCAGGCCACUAUCACGGAUAUCAUGUAUCCUUCCUGGUGCUCACACACCUGUCACCUUGUAAAACAUGGACAUUAGUGUGAACACAGGACAGCUUUGCUCUUUCUCUUCCCGCCUUUCCCCUAUCAGAGAAGUUGAUCCAUUAAGUAAUUAUGUUUGGUCUAUUGUAGUUACAGAUGGAACCACUCAGGGGCAAAGGUCUGACUCUUCCUGGUAGGUGUAACAGAUAGUUCACCUGUGAACGAACAUCAGCUUACAGAUGAUGAGGACUUAAGGUUGCAAGAAUGAAGAUUUCAGACUCCAAGAUGCCUUAUUCUUUGGGCCUUGAGCAGGUUAGUAGUCCCCUGGGGAAAAGAGAACAUUUUAUUUGUGGGGCUGGGCCCAGAGCAGAGUAAGACUGCUCUCUGAGCUGAAGCCUCUUCCUUGCAGUGAGGGUCUUCCUAGGAACAUUGAUGCUGCCUCAAACGUCCUCUUUUCUCCAGAGUAGGGAAGACUCCCACUGAUCUGAGAAUGAGCCCAGAGGCUUGUUUGGGGACUGUUUUACUCUGAUACUGCCUGGAUAUCUAGCUUCCUUGACCCCUGUUCUGCUUAACAGAACUGCCAAGCCCAGAAGUACCUUUGCACUCCUGGUUUUCAGUGGACAGAGGAAGCUUUAGAUAAAGACUUUAGACCCUGCCUUGCAGAGACAAGACUUGAGGCCAUUGAAGCUGUAGGAAGGCCUGCCCAGGGAUGGUCCUGCCAUGAGGAGGCUGCAGCCCUAUAAGAGGGCUCAAGAUUGUGAAUUCUGCUCCUGCCAUGAGGAGCUCAGAAGGCCAGGAAGCCAGCAACUGGGGAGAGAAUCUGUGCGCUUAUGGACAGUCCUUACCUAAAGCUGUUUCUGAAUGUUGCACCCUUUGAGAAAUUUGUUCUCAAAAGCACAUAAAUUGAAACAGAAAUGAGAACUGAUCUUGUAUACAAAGUGCCAACUCAACAGGGAAGUUGGAGUAUGUCUGUUGCAGAGAACCAAUGUAGCAGCGCCCAGGGGUAGAGACCAUAUGUUCCAUACUCAGAUAUUUGGGUUUUUUGAGAGAGCUGGGGAAAGUCGCAACUAGAUUAGGCCUGGGAGAUUUUGACCAAACUAAAGGCCUUUUCUCCUUACUGCAUCUGACACAUGUCUUGAGACAAGAUAGUACCCAUGAAUUACAUCAUGAAGUAUGUGUGAAUUCAGUUUACAUGUAAGACCUGAGAGUUUGAAGAGGGCACAUUCCCAAAGACAUUCCCAGUCAUGAAAUGUAGAAGACUGGAAAAUUAAGAAUUUAUGUAAAGGUAGAUACGGCUUUUAGAGUUACAUUAUGCUUGGCAUGAAUAAGAUGCCGGGAAAAUAGUUUAAAGUCAUACAUCAGCAUACAGACUGCUGUUAGAAGGUAUGGGAUCAUAGUAAGAUAAUCUGUCAGCUACUACUAGGCAUUUAUUGUUAAUUGAGCUACAGAGAAGUCAUUCAAGACUGAAUUUAUGAAAGUAUAUUGCAUCUAUCUCUGUGUAGAACAUUUGCUUCACAUUGUAAAGAAUGCAGUUUAAAAUGUAUUGAAUGCAAUCUAGAUGUACACUAGAGGUAAAAAAUAACAGGUGCUGUUUACUGUUUCGAUAAAUUGUUUUCUGUUAUUUCCCUUCGUUUACUAUGAGGGGUUGAUUUAUGAGGAGAGCUCUGGGUUCCUCGCUCAGAUUUCCUUUUUGCCCUAGGAUAUGAUUCCCUUAUUAGAGAUAAAUACUUCUGUUUUCUUCUAGCUAAUUCAUUCAUUUAGCAGUCAGUUGCUCAGUGCUAGGUACUAGGAACAGAGGCUCAAUUUCUGCUCUCAAAAAACUCAAUAUAAUGAGAGAGAGCCUGACAGAUAAAAUGAACUAUGACUCUAUAAGAGGGCUCAAGAUUGUGAAUUCUGCAGGCAGAGAAACAUGAGCCAUGGUCUGUCCCUGCAUUUUCUAGCUGUGGAAUCUUGGAUCGGCUCCUUAACUGGUCUGAGCUUUGGCUUCAGGGUAGUAAAGGGAAGAGUAUUAAAAGUUCUGGUUAAAUGAAAUCAGUGUGUGUGUGCGUGUGUGUGUGUAAAACAGCAUUGGUUCUAGCUCAUACAUGAUAACCACUCAUUAAGUGGUAAUUAUUUUUUUAUUAUAAGGGCUAUGCUAUAAUUCAGACAUGGGCCCAAAACUACAGGAAAGAGAAAUUGUUUUUGCUAAAGUAUUUCCAGGACACUUCAGUUUCUUGGGAGGUGGGCCUUGAGGCAUGCUAAGAACUUCUUCAGGUGGGCAAAGAAGAGAGGACAUUCUUGGCAGAAAGAGAUGUUGAAAAAAGCAGUAGGUGUGAAAAUACAUGGAUGUUCAAGUAUUUUGAUGAGGCUGUUAUGUAAAGUGUUGUUAGUCUUUGGGGAAAAUUGGCUUAUAGAAAUUCCUGCCAGAAGUACUAAGCCCUUAUGGUAGUUCUUCCUGCCCUAGCUCUUGGUUGGUUUAUAUAUAAGGAAUAUAUUUGUGUAUGUAUAUAUCAGAUAUUUGGAUGUACCUUUCAGUUAUUUAGAAUUCAGACAAUUGUUUUUGGAUUUUCCAGAAUUAUUUUAUCCUUCAGGGAUGAUAGUUAUGUGUGUAUACAACCCAGGAUGACAAAAUCAUGGGACUGGUUUUUGUUGCCAGGGCUGCUGUUUCUUUUCUUGCGGUCUUCAUUUCUCACAACAAGGGGGCUGGGAACUUGAUCAGUCCCCUGGCCUUUGGGCAGUGUGGCAGAGUACACAAGUCAUACCUCUAUGGACAGUUAGCCCACAAAACAACUGCAUAAUCUGGGAUCAUUCUUGAUAAAUCAGGUGGGUAGUGCAGCCAGGAGAUCCUCUUUCCUGGUCACAACGGGAGCACAAAGAAACCAUUUCAUUAUCUCCAUGACUAGCUCCAGAAGCUGAGCCCAGGGAGGUGUGCUGAGGAGUGGAGGUGUAUUUGGCCUGUAGAAGCAGUGGCCUUUGAGAACCAUACUCUGCACCUUAUAUGGCUUGGGUGAUCAAAUAACUUAUGGUCCAAAUGCAAACACCUUGGAAAAAGGGAGCUUUAAUGUAAUUAUGCCAAGGUGAUAGGCAUAAACUAAGACUAUCCUGGACAUAGGGCCACCUCUGUCUAUAGCCAUCUAAGAUUUUUCAACCUGCUGACUAAACAAACAAAACCCUCUUUCCUUUUUAGAAUAUCCUGUAUAUGCUAUUUCCCACCAGGGGCAGAGGCAGAGGCCACAGGAGAUAGGCCAUGCUUCAGGUAGGAAAUGCCCUUGGUCACCUCAGAACUCUAGAUCUGGGGGAAUAAACAAACCUUAUUUAUUACCCUACUCUCAAAGUUCCCUUCAAUCUGGACUAUUUGUGUUCCAAAGAAACAUUUAAUACUUUAGCUAUUCAGCAAUAUUGAGAAAAAAACAUGAAUACAUUUAUGACUUUGCCUUGACCAUUGACUUUUCUAAAAUGUGCUUCCUGUUCAUUUCCCUUUUUUUAUACAAAGAAAAUAGGCCAAAUUUCUCCUCUUAGGUCAUUCCUUAACCUCUCAGAGAACUAGUUUCCCUAUGAAUUGGGAAAUGCUCUCUUUACAGGGCUGUUUGGAUUGAAUAAGAUGCUGUUUAUAAAAUGUCUGUGCCAGGGCAAAGCAUAUGGUAGGUGCUUGGUGACAGCAUGAUCACCGUCACCACCAAGUCCAGUGUUGCUGAGAUGUCACACUUGACACCCUCUAAGGCUACCCUGACUGCCAGGAGUGGCGCAGGGCCCUUCUGCAGCCUCUGGGUGCCUUUAGUUAUAACCUCCUCUCUGGGUCAGACCAUUAGCUUUCAUGUCUGCUUCUAGCUACCACUAUAGCCUCCCUUCCUUUUUGGUUUCAAAUCUGUCAAAUCUGCCACAGCUGCCCUGCAACAAAAAAGAUUCCUAAGCAUGUCUAAGUCCUGUUUAAAUGGGUUAGGGUCCAAGCAAGCCCAGAGAAAUCAAGUGGUUGGGUCUUUUGUACCUUUUUCAUCUCUACAGCCCUGUUCUCUUCUAAAAGCCAGGCCCACAGGGGAUACUGAGGAACCACCAGCCCCUUCAGGUGGCACAGCAGACCCUGAAGAGAACUGCUCUAACCUAAGAACCUUCUGACUUCACCAUUUUUCCAGUCUCUGGGUGUGGUUCUGAUGAACCUUAAACUUGAAAGGGACAGCCAGAGGGAGGACAGUGUUGACCUGCAUGUCAUCGGUGAGGUUAUGACCUCUUUGCUAUUACCACCUACUUACCCACCUGAGGCUCCUAGGAAACAAUGAAUGAAAGGUACAGAAAAAAGGAAGUAAACAGGGCUUUUUUCCCCCUUUUAUGAAAAAAGUACACAAAAAUGUUGAAACAAUUCAAGUUUAAUUUGUUGAUAUAUGUCUGUACUUAGACAAACACUAAAUUCUACAACAUACGUAAUGUCAACAUGGGAAAAUACCAAGUUUGUCAUUGCACAUACCAAUAAAUAAAUACAUUUGCUCCAGAAUACCAAAGAAGUUUAUUCAAAAAGUCACUUAAUAAAAGCACAGUUUUGUAAAUUUGUC